CCCGAAUUAUUGUAGCACGAACUAUAAGUAGCACCACGGUAGUCAGCAUAAAGAAGGCCGAAUGGUCAGCAGAAAGGAGGCGGCUGCGGCUUUCACCGCUGCCGCGAAGGCGCUGGACGUGCGCGGGAAGGAGCUCGGCGACUUGUGCUUCGCCCUGUCCAAACUAUUGGGGGAGGAGCUCGAGGUGUUUCCGAUAGACGGUGACAACGAGGCAAUUGUUGAGUUCAUGAGGUCCGUGAAAGCCUCGGCGGCUGGCCUCGGCAUGGGGAGCGCGGCUGGAGCUGUUGUUCUCGAGCGGCUGGAAAAGCUUGAGGAAACGCUUGGGGAGAAGAUCCGGGAGGAAAAUCUCCAGCUUGAGGAAAAGCUCAAGCUGGAGCUUGGGGAGAAGAUCCGGGAGGAAAAUCUCCAGCUCAAGCUGAAGCUUGGGGAGGAGCUUGGGGAGAUCCAGGAGGAAAUCAGGGACCAGAGCCAGUUCGUGCGAGUCCUGAUGCAGGGCGACAUCACAGCGACAUCCAGCAAGGACAGCACGCCCUACCGCGAGAAUGCCUUCAGGUACUACGGCUACAGCGCCAGGCCCGAGACCGUGAAGUGCAUGGUGACCGGAAAGGACAUGCCAGCCGCCAGUAUCAAGGCGGGGCAUAUCUUCCGUCAGGGCUGGAACCGGGGUUACCUGCCGCUGCUGGGCGUCACCUCCGUGCACGACCCGCGCAACAUCAUCCUGGUCCGCACGGAAGUGGAGACCGCUUUCGACCGGUUUGAAGUGGCCAUCAUUCCCCAGAACGAGGGUUAUCAGGUGAGCAAGAAUGCUGGUUCCGGGGCAGGUGUCGCCGCGGGCGUGCGGGGUGGAACACGCACCACCGCGGUCUCCGGACAGAGCGCGGAUCCGGGACAAGAGGCCGAUGAGGGCUUAGCCCAUGAAUAUUUGGACCUGGGGUCCAUACUGAUACACGGCAACGAUCCGGCGACCUGCGCGCUCUCGGUGAUCCGUCGCAGCGCCGAUAUAUUCUCCCUGGGCUGCAUCCUUGCGGAGGUUGCCACCGGGCAGCCCCUGUUCCCCGGGAGGUCCACCAAGGACAGGUUGCACCGUGUCAUGAGACUGCUGCGACCCAUGGGUCGUCGGCUGAGACCGGGACUGGGGCCGGAUCGCGACCGCGAGCGAGCCGAGCUGGCUGCCGACGGCGGCGCGACCGGCUCAAUGGAUUGGAACGGCAGCCCAGUGGAGGCUGGUGCUCAGGGCGACAGCGGCGGCGCUCCAGUACGGCUGCUGCGGUGGUGGCUGCUCCGUCAGAUGGUUCUUGGUUCGGAAACUCCAGGUGCCGUACCCCGUACGGCAUUAGUGAAAGGCAGUACGGCAGCGGCGGUGGCCGAAGGAGAGCUUUUCGUCGAUCUGGUGGAGUCGUGCUUGCAAUUGGACCCGAUGUGCCGCCCCACGGCUGAGCAGCUGCUGCAGAUGCCGUACCUAGUUUCGUACAAAGCGGCAGAAGCAGCAGCGGGAGGGCGCAACAAUGUGGAUCCAAUGCUUGGCGGCUCCGAAAAUACAGCGGAAGCAGCGGCGGCAACGGCGACGGCGGUUACCAAAGCCAAAGCAAGAGCUGUUGCUUGUGCUGACGCCGCCGCCGCCGCCGCCGCGGCGGAAUGUCCGUCGUCUUUGUUUAUGAAUGCCAGUCCCCCGCAAGAUAUCGCGUCCGCCGGCCAAGAGUCCUUCGUGCCUUGCACACCGUCCGACUUUGCUGCAGCCGCCGCCACCGCUACAGCCGCUGCCUCAAGCUGGCGUGCCACGUCGGAAGUCCUGUUCGUUGCGAAGGUCCACGAUACGGCGCCUUCGCCGACGGGCAUGUACGACAGCAGUCGUACUCGGCGACAGAUGUCGCGCCUUGGGUCCUCUGUUGAGCAGGUAGUAGAGCCGCCGCCGCCGUCAUGCCCGGCAGCGGCGGCUGAAGGGACUCCAAGCGGCGGCGGCAGUAGCAGCACAGCUGCCGUGUCGGCCCACCAACUGCGGCCUGAUUCAACCAAUUUUUUUGCGGCAGCUGCCGUUGACACUUUUCAGCUCAAGGGUGGUACGGCAGCAGUGCCGGCAGCGGCGGCAGCGGCAACGUCCAGCAACGCGCCUUGGCCCCCUUCUAGUGCCGCCGCCACAGGCCGCUCAGCACCGCACGCAAGCCAUCUUCUCCGUGACGUCAAGUACGGCAGGAAUGCCGCCGCUGCCGCCGCCGCCGCCACCCCAACGGAAGCUGCGGCGACCGGCCGCCGGCCGGCUGCUUCAUCCGCCGUCGCCUCCGCUGCCAUUCGUUCACCUGCUGCUACUGCUGGCGGCGGCGGCGGCGGUAGUGAUGGUUGCGCUACAGCCGACCUGCGGCCGCGGCCACCCUGGAGUCGUACCAGGGACAGGGGCGGUAGUCAUCGCCGUGGCUCUGAGAGUGCCCUGGACUUGUCAUUGCUACUGCUGCAAGGGGAUGCCAACGUGACGGCACGCUACAACCAGCAGCAGCAGCAGCAGCAGCGGUACGAGCUGCAACCGCGGCUCAGUCCCGAGCGUAGGUCGCUGCCUCUGGUUUUGAUGACGCAGCAAUUCCUGAACCAUCGGCUCCAGAACCAAGGCAAUCUGAGGGCCCUGCAGGGCCAGCAGCUGGGCGUCCCCGGAGUGCCGCGACACGAGGGGGAUGUGGGGGGAGAGGAGUACGACCUGGUACCCCCAGGGGAGUGCGGUCCGGAACGGGAGGACGCCUCCGCCGCCGUCACCGCCCUUACAUCCGCCGUGGCUUUGAACUCGUCUGGAGCCACCGUCAGCGGUGGCGGCGGCGGAGCAUCCGUCGCCGUACUCCGGACGUUCAAGCCGCCGCCGCCACUGCUGAUUAAUCCCGACAGCUGGGCACCUGGAGGCGGCGGCUCCGGUAUUCCUUCCGGCGGCAGCGGCGCCGCCGGCACCAGCGCAGCCUAUUCGGCGCCAGGACACCUCUUCUUCCGCGACGGCGGCUUGUCGCCCUCAUCAGCCAGUUGCCGUACCCAGACGGCAGUCCUACUGCCCAGUCCGCAACAGCAGUUUGUGCCGGCAUUGACACUGCGCGAUGGUGAUGCAGAGCGAGCAUUACGCACAGCGGCCGCGGCUCGGGCGCAGGAAAGCGGUGACGGUGGCGGCGGCAGCAACAGGGAGGGCCGAUCGGAGCCGCUGAUGCUUCUGGGCGGCGGCGGCGGCGAUGGCGAUCAUUACGCCGUACAGGCUUUACUAUCCUCUCAGGCCUACUGCUUCCAGCGGCUCAAAGAGCAGGAGGCCGCUGCUAGCGACCCACGGGUCUCGGUUCCGUUGCUUAGGAGCUCCACACCCCUGACACGGCAGCGACAUACAUACGCACAACCGACAAUACCCUGUAACCUAAACUUAGCUACGUCGCUGCAACUGAACCGAGGAGGAGGAGGAGGAGCAUUGGCGGCGGCGGCGAUUCAAUCUGCGGUCCUCGGCGGCCAGGCCGACAGGUCGACGCGGCGCAGCAACUCGGAGUCGCAGCUCGCAGUAUCCCCGGGAGACCCGUGGGUCGGUGAUUGCGGCGGCGCCGGUGGCGGCGCUGCGGUGGCAGGAGCAAUAACUUUGACAGCGCGUUAUGUGCGGCGGCGGAGUCUUGCCAUGAUGGCUGCACAGGCGUCGGGCUCGGUGGGCGGCGGCGGCGGCAGCGGCGGCAUCAAGGUGGGGGAUGCAGGGGCAGCAGUAGCUUCGGACGCAGAACAGGAGGCUGUAGCAGGCGGCAGGGACAUGUGGCCCACCUUGAGUCGCAUGCAGCCAUGGUCCGGCAAAUUAGCUGACAGCGGCGGCGGCGGCAGCAGCGGCAGCCGUGGCCCGCUACCGCGGCUUCUCAAUGUGCUGCAGCGGGAGCUCAUUGCGCAGCAGCAGCACCUGCCCAUGUAUAGCUCCGUCGGCGGCGGCAGCGGCGGCGGCGGCAGCACCUUUCCCCGUUCGUACACUCUGUCUGACAGGGAGCUGAUGCACACGCUGCCGGAGGUGGCUGAGUCCAGGGGGUGUAGCGAGGUCCUUCUGCCCGCCAUUGCCUCCGCCAAGCACACGGCCAGCGGUGGCAACGAUGCCGCCGCCGCCGCAAUACCAGAGCUUCCGCCGCCAGAUUUGCAGCACCAAACGGCAUCGCGGCUUGCUGUACCAAACAACACGGUUUCCGACUGCGGCGCCAGCUGCACAUUGAACGGCGGCGGCAGCGGCGGCGGCACGUUGACGCCGGCGGCGGCCGCCGCCGUGAAGGGUUUGGCGCAGCGGGCUAAAGAGCGGUUUCGGCAGUACUUCAGUGAUGACGGCAGCAUCGCGAGCGCAGCCGCCGCCGCAGCCGCCGCUGCCGGAGGUCUAGGCAGCAGCGGCGACGCCGCCGCGAGGCCGUCUGGCGGCAACACAACUGGCGGCGGCGGCGGCGGCGGCGGCGGCGGGAGAAGCGCCCGAAGCAAGCGGCCGUUCAUGAGCACCAUCUCACGCGCGCUCAAAUUGGGCAGCUCCAUUCGUCAGCGUGUCACUCCUGAGAGGAAGAAGGAGGCGCCUUAG